AUGGUAGAUUUGCGGAAGGGUCUUGCAGAACGAUUGCUUUCGCAAGAGGACUUCGUGGUGGCCUUGCAUCGCCUUUGUGGUUAUCAUGCAAACCAGCGGCCUUAUAACUUCAUCCAUCUCCCCUGGAAGCAACUGGCCGUGGUGAAUUUCACCAGCCACGAAGCUUGCGACUUUUGCUUUCGUGUGAUGAAGUGCCUCUCAGGGGCCCCGGGCGUGCCAGUGUCCGAUGUGCGUGAAGGUUUGCAUCAAGGGCUCCAGGCGAACUUGGCCCAUUUCUGUGCCAAGUGCUGCCAAAUGAGCAGCUACGAAAAUCUCCCAUUGGUCUUCCUGAACAAUGAGGAGAUCCCAUUGACCUUGGCAUGCCAAACUUUCGUCACGGAUGAGAUUCUUUUGGAGUUCCUGGAACAGCUUCCGGGCUCGAUGACGCGGAAGGUGAAGGGCAAGGCUCCCACCUCCAAGGCACCGAAAGCCAAGCGCAUCAGCCCUUGCAGCACUCCCCCCGGCCUCCAGCCGCUGACUCCUCCGUUGACCCCUCCAAUGCCCCCUUCAGAGAUGGACGCCCGCUUUCUCAUGCCCAAGUUCGAACUUCGAGGGGCGGAUGAGCAAAAGCUUCGAGAAAUCUCCUUGGAGUACAAAGAGGCGGAGCUGGUGAGCGCCACCAGCAACUUCGACCCGUCGCGACGCUUAGGCUCUGGCAACUACGGCUGCGUGUAUCGGGGUACUUUAAAGGAUGGACAUGAGGUGGCGAUCAAGGUCAUCGAGGUGGAUGAAGAGGACACCUCUGGCUUUGCCGACGAGGUGCUGGUCCUGAGCAAAUUUCGUCACCCAAAUUUGGUCACCUUGAUGGGCUGGGGCUCGGGCUUGGACGAGGACGGCUGCGGACGCCGCUACCUGGUGUACGAACUCCUCGAGGGGGGCGAUGUGGCCGGACGCCUCGCCAAAGCGCGUGCCGGGGGCGCCCAGAGUACCCGGCCUUGGCCGAAGGCCUGA